AUGGCACUCGCAUUGCCGAGCACUGUUCGCCCCGCGUCCUUGCAUCCCGGGCAGUCCGUGCCGGGCUCGCCGCAUCGAAAGAUGCAAUCGUCCCGGACACUGCCUAUGCUGCAAGUGGCUGGGGCACAGGCCUUGAAGACUUUGACAGGAAGUUCUUCCGCAGCUGCGUCCAACCACCAGCUGGUUCGUGCCAACCAAAUACACAUCCACAAGCAGUGGUCCCAAGGCACUCAGAAAGACUGGCUUCCGAGACCCGACAGUCUGCCUGCGGGGCAUCCACUGCUCUACCGCAGCCUCCAAAAUUGGCGUGCUGAUGAAGGUCGCCAAGGCUCCAAGCAAAGCAGAGGAUCUGGCUCCUAUCCCCCAACGAGAAUGACAUCGAAGGCGAGCGCAGCAAGAUAUAGCUCGAAGCAAUCCGCCAGUGCGGCCAGGUAUGAUUCGAAGCAAUCAGUCAUGACGCGCACCUCUCAGGCAGCGUCCCGGAGCGGCUCCAAACAUUCCCUGCCCGCCAUGGGCAAAACCUUCUCGUCUGCCGGCGCCAUCGCUCAGACCUCCAACGCCUUCACCGUGGGUGUGAGCAUGCGCGAUAUCUCCUCCGUGGACAACUUUCGGGGUCGUAGCUCGUCGCCUCCGCCAGCACGGCAGGAACCAGAGCAAGGCGCUGGCUCAGUUGAACGAACAGUUUCCAAGUCGCAGCGUGCAACAGAGUUGGUCCACGAGCUGCGCGACAUGGUCAAUGAGGAUGAGCGAAGGGAACGAGGUGAGACGAAGAAAUGGCUUGGGCAGGAUGGGUCGCUGCCACAGAGCAUCCGCCAGCUGGACUAUUGGACGGCUCGUGACUCAUUCACUCUCUACGACGUGAAGAGAACAGGCCACCUGGACAAAAAGACCUUCUACAACCUUCUGAAAGGCAUCAGCCGGCUGCAAGACAACAUCAACGAGGAACUUAGCGAAGCCAUCUUCGAGGAAAUUGACAUCAACAAGUCCGGCGGCAUCGACGAAGAUGAAUUUCUCGGAUGGGUCUUCCAGACGAACAAUUUUCGUCUAAACCACCUUCGAGAGAAGUUGGUGCAGCUGCCACAGGAGCAGGUGCAGCGGAUUUUCCGAAAAAUAGACAAGACGGGAGAUGGAAAUCUUGACAGGACAGAGUUUUGGCGUUUCAUCGAAACCAUUGGAGGAAUCCCGCAAGAAGCGAGUGAUGACCUGCAUGAUUUCAUUGAUAGCGAUGCCUCUGGCGACAUCAAUUAUGACGAGUUCCUGAACUGGGUGCAUCCCGACCGCGAGCUGAAGAUGCUGGAGCAGAGAGGACAUGCAGACCAGCAAGACUAUGUGAAACUUGCUGGCGACUACGUGGCACCCAGCAAGCCGCUGAUGGAGACACGGCCCGGGAAGCCUGUGGUCUUGCAGUUCUGGGUCGGGAGGGACUACGCAUUCAUGGCUGAGCGAAUGAAGAUCAUCAUGAGCCAGGUCUUCACCGACAACCAGGUGGAGUGGGAGUUCAAAACGGAUGAGCGCAUCAAGGGCACGUGCUCUCGGGUCGUUGCCAAAGUCGGUCGCGGGAUCGAGCUCUGGAAUCGUGACAGAAUGAUGGCAUAUCGUGAAGAUCCCUUCCUCGAUCAGUCAGGAACGAAGGCACGACAGUGGUUGACCGAGGUGCUGAGAAGCUGCCUGCCGGACGUUGAGAGCGCCGCGAACUUGCAUCGUGCCAGGCAGCUACGUAAGCAUAGGCGAGAGGAUCGACAAGGAUCUAAAGAUCCUCGUGGUAGGUCGAAGGACAGAGCGUCCUCGAAACACAGGAUGCCGUCGAAUGGCCGGAUGACCUCCAAAACAUGA